GUCAUCAUAAGUCAGCGCCGACUCCGCGGCAACUAACAACAAAAUGAUAAUGGGGAGAUUGGAUAGGAGAGGGAGGAAUUGAGGAAGAUUCCUCGGUUUUUUUAUUUGAGCAACUGGGAGGAUGGUGAUGCCAUUUACUGACACAAGAAACACAGGAUAAAGUGGAACAGGGUGGAGAUUUCAAAGUAUUAAAACGUGGGGAAAUGGCUUUCGUUCAUUUGGAUAUCAGAUGCCUAUAUACCGUUCUUAUUUGCACAUCAUUUGGCUGCGUUUUGUCUUCAAACACUGAGAUAAAAGUUAAUCCUCCCCUGGAUUUUGAAAUAGUAGAUCCUGGAUAUUUAGGCUAUAUCUCUAUGCAAUGGAAACCUCCACUGUCUCUGGAUAAUUUUAAAGAAUGCACAGUAGAAUAUGAAUUAAAAUACCGAAACUUUGAUAGCGAAAGCUGGAAGACCAUUAUCACUACAAAUCUAUAUUACAAAGAUGGGUUUGAUCUUAACAAGGGCAUUGAAGCAAAGAUCCACACACUUCUGCCAGAGCAGUGCACAAAUGGAUCAGAAGUUUACAGUUCAUGGUCAGAAGCUACUUAUUGGACACCACCACAAGGAAGGGGGGAAACUAAAAUUCAGGAUCUGGAUUGUGAAUAUUACAACUGGCAAUAUUUACUCUGCUCUUGGAAACCUGGCGUGGAUGUCCCUUUUGAUACCAAUUACAAUUUGUUUUACUGGUAUGAGGGCUUGGACCAAGCUAUAGAGUGUGCUGAAUAUAUGACGUCUAAUGGAAAAAAUACUGGAUGCAGGUUUCCCCACUUGAAGUCACCAGACUAUAAAGAUUUCUAUAUCUGUGUUAAUGGAUCAUCACAAUCCAUGCUUAUCAGAUCCAGCUACUUCAUUUUUCAGCUUCAGAAUAUAGUUAAACCUUUGCCACCAGAGUACCUUAGUCUUACUAUGAAGGAUUCAAAUGAAAUUAGCCUGAAAUGGAAUGUACCCAGAGGACCCAUUCCAGAGAGGUGUUUCUUUUACGAAAUUAUAUUAACAGAAGAUUAUACUACCUGGGUGUUUACCACAAUGGAAAAUGAAAUGUGCAUCAAGAGAACAUCAAAUAAAAGCCACCAAAUAUGCCUUUUAGUAAGAAGCAAAGUGAAUAUUUAUUGUUCAGAUGAUGGAAUUUGGAGUGAAUGGAGUGAAGAAGAAUGCUGGAAAGGUGACACAUGGAAGGAAAUUGUGAUAUAUUUCAUGAUACCAUUUGGUUUUAUCUCAUUGUUUGUUUUGUUAGUAACUUUACUGCUUUUGUAUAAGCAAAGAUCUGUACUUGAAACGAUUUUUGAUUCAAGAAAGGAAGUUUUUACUCGGCAAGAAACACUAUGCUGAUUUACCAAUUUCUAGUCAUAUGGCCA